UCAACCACCGUGGAAGUGCGAAAGUGGUGAUCGCCGACGCGAUAAGCCGAGACCAAGAGACGACGAGUGUGUGUGUGUGUGGUUUAGUUAAACCAUUGGCCAUUCCCUAAAGGGUGUUGAAGUGUUCAAUUUCUAUUAAUUUUUUCUCGACGUUGAUCAAACCAACUUAACAAAAUGGAGGAUGAUGAGAAUAUGAACAUCAUGCGUAAGGCAUUCCAAAUGUUCGACACCCAAAAAACCGGUUUCAUUGAGACACUCCGCCUCAAAACCAUCCUCAAUAGUAUGGGUCAAAUGUUCGAGGAGAGCGAAUUACAAGAUCUGGUCGAUGAAAACGAUCCCGAGGACACUGGCAAAGUGAACUUCGAUGGAUUCUGCAAUAUUGCGGCGCAUUUCCUCGAAGAGGAGGACACCGAAGCCAUACAAAAGGAAUUGAAAGAAGCCUUCCGCUUGUACGAUCGUGAGGGCAACGGUUACAUCACCACAUCCACAUUAAAGGAAAUUCUCGCGGCUUUAGAUGAUAAACUCUCCUCAAGUGAUUUGGAUGGUAUUAUUGCGGAAAUCGACACAGACGGUUCGGGCACUGUAGAUUUCGAUGAAUUCAUGGAGAUGAUGACUGGAGAUUAAUUUUUGUUACACCUACAAGUACCUACAUACAUACAUACACGUACGCACAUACAUGCAUACAUACAUACACAUCGUGCAACUGAAAUAAAUUUGAAAUACUCCUCCUCGUAGAUGAGGGAAACAGAGGCAGACAUCUGCAAUAAUACACAAAAAGUUAUGGAUCGAUUUUGAUGGUUUUGUUGUUGUCGUUGUUUUACAAAAUGUGUGUAUUAAAAUGAUAUUAAUUAAAUUUAUUCGGAAUACAUAAAAUAUAACGCUCGUUAGCUAGGUUUUACAUAAUAAAAUGAUCCAAAAACUUG